UAAACUACACCGCACCACCAGCGCCGCCGUAUCAAAACCUUCUCUUUACAAGAGGGAGAGGCCGAUCUGCCUCGACAUGGCCGUCGCCAAGAGCAGCAAGGCCUCAUCAGGCAAGCACGGCGCGCCGCUGCUCGGCAAGUACGAGCUCGGCCGCCUGCUGGGCCGCGGCACCUUCGCCAAGGUCUACCACGCGCGCUCCCUCGUCGGCGGGGAGGCCGUGGCCGUCAAGGUGCUCGACAAGCCCGAGCUCGCCGCCACCGCCGGCAUGGACGCGCGCGUCAUCGGCGAGGUCGCCGCCAUGCGCCGCCUGCGCCACCCCAACGUGCUGCGCCUCCACGAGGUGCUCGCCACGCGGACCAAGGUGUACCUCGUCAUGGAGCUGGCACCCGGCGGCGACCUCCUCUCCCGCCUCGCGUCCCUCCCGCAGCGCCGCCUCUCGGAGCCCGCCGCGCGCCGCGUCUUCCUCCAGCUCGCCUCCGCGCUCAUCUACUGCCACGCGCGCGGGGUCACCCACCGCGACGUCAAGCCGCAGAACGUGCUCAUCGACGCCGACGGCAACCUCAAGGUCUGCGACUUCGGCCUCGCCGCGCUCCCGGAGUCGCACCGCGACGACGGCCACCUGCACACCGCGUGCGGGACGCCCGCCUUCGCGGCGCCCGAGGUGCUCCGCCGCAAGGCCUACGACGGCGUCAAGGCCGACGCCUGGUCCUGCGGCGUCAUCCUCUUCGUGCUCCUCGUCGGCCGCCUGCCCUUCGACGACUCCAACAUCCCCGAGAUGUGCAGGAAGGCGCACCGCCGCGACUACGCGCUCCCGGAGUGGGUGUCGCAGCCGGCGCGACGCCUCGUGGGCCGCCUGCUCGACCCCAACCCUGCCACCCGGCUCACCGUCGCAGAGCUCUCCAGCCACCCCUGGUUCAAACGCUCGCUCAGCCUUGACUCGCAGCUCGGCAGCCUGCUCGGCGGCGCGCCGGAGCGCGACCUCCUGUUCCAGGCCCCGCCGACCCUGAACGCGUUCGACAUCAUCUCCAUGUCGCCGGGGCUCGACCUGUCAGGGCUCUUCGGCGAGAACCGGCGAAGCCGCGAGAAGCGGUUCAUGACCACAGCUUCGCCAGAGCAGAUGGUAGAACAGCUCGGGCUAUCGGGUCCAAAGCUCGGUUACUUCAUGGUGGGCAAAAAGGGAGUAGACCGCCUGCCCCUCGGCGGCUUGUCAGGGCUCGUGGCCAUGUCCAUGGAGAUGUCGGAGGUGUCGCCGCCCCUCAUGCUCGUCGAGCUGAGGCUAGAGGCCGGCGAUGAUAACGAGCUCCAGGCGUUCGGAUGGGACGAGCUCAGGACGGAGCUUGGCGAUGUGGUCAUGGCAUGGCACGGCUGCGACGAAUUGUGACAAGUUUGGGGGCUGUACAAAUAUCAUGCCAGAAAGAGCUAACUAGGACUCUGUGGCACUGUGUCGGAUUGGAGGGUAGAUUGUUAGUUCAUUCACUCUAAUUCUGACCACUGUGAUUAGAUUUUUUGGGGAAUGAAUCUAGAUUUUUGUGUCAUAAUUUGUGAUGCUAGCUUGUAGUAGGCUCUUGUUGAAUCUAAUGAUAAUAACCUUGCCUUCCUGCC